ACACAUUCCUUCAACUAGCUCAUACAAACCAACACUACAUGUUUCAAGAGAAGAAGAGAAUGCACUACCAAGUGGAGGCUGCAGCUGCAUGGAGCUACUACAUGAGGGUUCGGAGCAUGGAAGAGGAUCAAAUGGAGAGGGUGGCGAGGCUGGCUUCUCAGAGUGCUGUGGUGAUUUUCAGUGUGAGUAGCUGCUGCAUGUGCCAUGCAAUGAAGAGGCUCUUCUGUGGCAUGGGAGUUAACCCUACUGUUCAUGAGCUCGACCAUGACCCUAAAGGCAAAGACAUGGAGACUGCACUCAUGAGGCUUCUUGGCAAUGGAUCAAUCAACUCCACUGCAGUUCCUGUGGUCUUCAUUGGAGGGAAGCUUGUUGGAUCCAUGGAUAGGGUUUUGGCCUUUCACAUUGGUGGCACCCUUGUUCCACUUCUCAAACAAGCUGGUGCUUUGUGGCUUUGAAAUAAAAAUAAGAGACAUUGCUGCUCUUGUCUCCGGAAUCCAACAUGUUAUCCUUAUACAUGAGAAUUAUGAUACUAGCUUGCAUGCGAAGAAACUAGAAAAUUAGUAGGAAAAAUAAAGUUUAAGGCCUUUCAAUUCUAACCACCAGUUUUAUCUGUUGUAAGGAUCUCACAAUUAGUUCCCAAGUGGAAGAAAGAAACUGAUUUCUCUCCAUUUUUCUUUUGCUUAUGUGAUUUGUCGUUUCGUUAUUGUGCUUUGUAGUUUGUAUAAAGAAGCACAUGUAUUA